UCAUAGAAGACGGUUUCGCAACGACUCUUCAGAUAGUUAAAAUGAAAACUGUAAGCUAUCCGCCGUCCAAUGGUUUUUUCCGGUCGUCGCUAUUUCGGCAUAUUAUUUUAUACGCCGGUUUACUAUUGCUGCUUGACACCAUAUCGCAGGCGAUAGACAUCACUGCUGAAACUUCGUCAAACACCUGGGAAAUUUAUAAAAAUGUCAGCAUGUCCACCGUUGAAAUCAUCAAAAUAAAUGGAUAUGCUGCCGAAAUCCACCAUGUCAUCACGGAGGACGGUUACAUUCUGGAAUUGCAUCAAAUCCCUAGUAGUAAAAGCGGACAGAAACCCACUAGAAAUCAUCCUGUAUUCUUACAUCACGCCUUUCUCUCGAGUUCGGCUGGAUGGGUACUCGGUGGCCCCAACACAUCUCUGUCCAUGCAGCUCGCCGAUGAUGGAUACGACGUGUGGUUGGCAAAUAGUCGUGGUAACACUUAUAGUAAAAAACACGUGUUGUUGAACAUCAAAAAAAGAGCUUAUUGGAAUUUCAGUUUACACGAAAUUGGAACGUACGAUUUGCCAGCUGCGAUCGACUAUAUCUUGACUCAGACGAACGCUUCGCAACUCCACUACAUAGGUUAUUCAAUGGGAACCACUGUGUUUUUCAUUAUGGCUUCGGAAAGACCUGAAUAUCAGUCCAAAAUUCGGUCGCAAAUAAGUCUCGCACCAGUAGCGUAUUUGUCUCACAUAAGGUCGCCGAUAAAAUACAUUGCUCCGUACGCGAGGAUGAUGAACAUCGCUUAUCAAAGAAUAUCGAACGGAAUGGUUAUGCCGCAGACGACGAUGAACAUGCUUUUCGCGUCAACCGUUUGUGGAGGGAAAAUGAUGCAAAGACUGAUAUGCCAAAGAGGAAUCAUUUUUUUCGUCAGUGGCAGUGACCCACAACACUUUAAUACCAAAUUAAUCCCGCUGAUCAUAGGACACUUUCCAUCGAGAACGUCGUCCAUGGUUCCCGAACAUUUCGCACAGAUCAAAUUGAAAGACGUUUUCGGUCGAUACGAUUACGGUCCGGUUAUGAACUUGGAACGGUAUAACUCGACCAAACCUCCUGCGUACGAUCUGACAUCAAUUCGGGUGCCCAUUACAUUAAUGUAUGGGAAAAAUGAUUUAGUGGCUGACGUCCAAGACGUGAUGAGACUGAAAUCUCAACUCCCAAGACUGAUAGAUGCCGUGAUGAUCGACAACCCGUACUGCAAUCACGUGGACUUUUUAUGGAGCUUGAAAGUUAACGAACACGUUAACAAUCCGAUCAAAGAAACGCUGCGGAAGACCGACGAUGUAAGCUGGAGAUACUCGGGGCCAAAUCCUCCGAAGUCGAAGGAAGGUAGCAACGUUAGCGGUGACGGCUCUAUCGGUAGCAGUGAACAUGUCAAUAUUAGUGGCAGCGCGACUAAUAUCGAUUUGAGCGGUAUUGUCGUUAUAAGCGACAAUGGAGACGUCGACAUCACUGACAGUGAACAUUUCAAUACCAAUGACAGUGCAAGUAAUGUCAGCAGCAGUAAUGGAAGCGGACGUACUGGUCGCAGUUCCAAUAUCGGUGGUAACGAUGUACCAUCCGGUUUGAAUUAUUUCGCGAAAAAUUUAGGAAAGAUAAUCGCGGAUGCCAUGCCGAAAUCGAUGGACCACGAGGACGAUGCGGUCGUCUUCGAACGGGAACGGGCAUUGCAAGAGACGCUAUUAGCGGACGUCAUCGAGUUCGUCCGGUCGGUGCAAAAGAAGUACGAACCGGCGCUCACCGGGCAAAAAUCGUUGACGCGUGGCACGACCUUAGGAGAGUCGAGCAAGUCGUCGCAAGCCUCAACGACGAUCUGGCCGAUAAACAUCGAGCGCACACCUAAAGUUUGAAAUUUCGUCUACAGUAGUAAUCGU